AUGGAAGGAUGGAUCAAUAGAACCACUGGAACUGAUUUUAUUCUUUUGGGGCUGUUUCACCACAUCCAGGCCCCAAAGGUUCUCUUCACUCUCAUCUUCCUGGUUUUCCUUGCAGCCCUUGUUGGCAAUGUAAUGAUGAUGAUUCUUAUUUGGUUUGAUUCUCGCCUCCAUACUCCUAUGUAUUUCCUUCUCAGUCAACUCUCCUUGAUGGAUCUUUUAUAUAGCUCUACUUUUGUCCCAAAGAUAGCCAUUGACUUUUUGUCUGGAAGAAACAGCAUUUCCUAUAUUGGUUGUGGAAUUCAGCUUUUCCUCUUCAUGACUAUUGUGGGAGCAGAGUGUCUUCUUCUGGCAGUAAUGGCUUAUGACCGUUAUGUAGCUAUAUGCCGCCCCCUCCAUUACUCAGUACUCAUGUGCCCCAUAGUCUGUGCAUUCAUGGUGACUGGCACAUGGCUAAGUGCACUUCUCAAUGCCUUAAUCCAUGUUAUCUAUACUCUGAGUCUCCCUUACUGUGCUUCCAGGGAAAUCCAUCAUUUCUUUUGUGAGAUCCCAGCACUCCUGAAACUCGUUUGUGCUGACACUUCUCUUUAUGAAAAUGGCCUUUUUGUCAGUGGUGUUCUCUUUCUCCUUUUGCCAAUAUCUGCCAUCAUGGCCUCUUAUGGCCAGAUUGUUUCCACUGUUUUGGGAUUAAGAGCAAACUUGGGGACAAGAAAAGCUUUGGCAACCUGUUCUUCUCAUAUAAUUGCGGUGUCUCUCUUCUAUGGAACAGCCAUCAUCAAAUAUUUUCUCCCCAAAGCCUAUCACACUGCUGAGCAGGACAAAGUGGUCUCUGUCUUCUACACUAUCCUUACCCCCAUGCUCAACCCCCUCAUCUAUAGUCUACGAAACAAAGAGGUGGCUGGAGCUCUCAGGAAAGUCCUGGGAAGAUGA